AGGUGCUAAUGCUUCCCUAGAAAUGAAGGAAAUAAUGAUUCAUCGGUUAUGAUUACAUCUGAAAAGUGCCAUCCAGAACAAACUGCAGAAGCAGAGAAAGUCUGUGAUAAAGAAAUUUGUUUACCUAAUCAAGACUCUACAUGUAUUGCCUCUUGCUUGGAAGUUGAUUUAAAUGUUGAUGGCACAUACAAGAUGACCUCAAGAGAAGACAAAACUUGUGCCAAUAGUGAGGAAGGGGUGAUCGAUGAAGUCCAGACUGCACAAAACAAUAAGGGCUUAUCCUAUCCCAAAGGAAAGGAUCAAAAGCAACUGCGCAUGGAUAAAAUAUCAGAGUUUGAUCCAAUCAGGCAGCACAGGCAUUAUUGUCCAUGGAUUGCAUCAAUGAGUGGUGGGGCACCCGGAUGGCAACAAACAUUAUCUGCUUUGCUAUGUGGGAAAGAUUGUCCUCGUUCUUCACCGGCAUGUUCUCCUCCUUCAUCUGCCUCCAUGAUUAAGGUUAUAGAUCCCGUUGCCUCGGUUAGAAAGCUUUUCUUAUCUCCUGUGACCAAAAGGGUGAAGAUCAGCCGAGAAUGAGGCUAAACCUGCCGGCUUUAUUGCGGUGUAAAGAGAUGGAAGACUGAACUUUUGCAUUCUGUAUCCAAAUAUGGAAAUUUUGUACCAUUUGAAACAUAGAUAUAGAUUGGUUUUGUAUCCAUUUUCAGGCUUUGUGAAAUGGUAGUCCAGUUUACAGCCAAA